AUUAUUGUAUGUUCACAGGCUACAGAUACGCUUUGGCAGGAUCACUCUAAUCAUGGACGCCAUCAGAGGCCUGAGGAGGGAGAGGAGGAGCCGGUGGGGGACACCUGGAGAGAAAUCUGGAGGGAUGGUGGACGCUCUUACGACCGUGCGAAUAGAGAACUUGCACAGGAUUUAUCUGAUCAGUUUGCCAGCUUGGAAGCUCAGUCCUCAAUGUCCUUCCAGGAAUGUCUACAGCUCAUGGAAGACACCUUCCCUUUUGGAGAGGAGAUAGAGCUGUCAGACCCAGUUGGCAUAGAUCUGAGGGAAACCAGCGGAGACGACCCAACCCCUGUCCGAGAGCUUCUUCUGUCCCCCCUGCUGUCCCAUGAGGAUCCCUCUCUGGACUUGGAGCAGCAGUGGCAUGAUAUUCUCGCCAUCAUGGAGCCAGAAGAUAUGGACCUUGGCAGAGAUGUAAUGCAAUCUGGAUCUAUUCAGAGUUCCAGCUUGAUGGACCCUGUUCACCAGGAUGUCAGCCUUCAUCAGGCAAUCCUGCCCGGAAGCAGCCAAGAUAGUUACCCCUUCAACCCCAGCUUCGGGGACAGUGUUCCCCUGGAGGCCCCACUCCAGCCAGCCCUGCUUAGUCAGUCCUCCAGCAGACCUGACUUUGACCUUAACUUGACCUUUGGCCCAUCUGACCUGACAGAUACCGCCCUUCCUUUGGCACUCAAUGGCACAGUUGGCAACCACAUGCCUUCCAUUCAGUCAAGUCUCUUUCUGGAGGAACCAGUCCUGCCUAACCCACUCGGCUCCCUCUUGGAUGAUGCCUUGCUGGAUGAGAUUAGCUUCCUGGACCUGGCUCUGGAGGAAGGAUUCAACCCAACACAGGCCUCCCAACUUGAGGAGGAGCUAGACUCGGACUCUGGACUUUCUCUGAACUUCAGCCACAGCCCUGCAUCCCCUAGCAGUUCGGAGGCAUCCUAUUCAUCUUCUUCGUCCUCUUCAUCAUCUGACUCUUCUGUGUUUUCUGACGAAGGGGCUGUGGGCUACAGCUCUGACAUGGAGGCUAUUGUGGAGCGAGAGGAGGGUGCCGUGGGAGGCUACUUCCCAGAAGUCAGCAAGAUGUGCAGCACAAGCUACCAGAAGCCUGGGCGUUUCAACAACCUCCCUUGGCUGGAACAAGUGGGCCACGACCAUACCUACAACCAGCCUAGGGCCACCUCUCCCACGCAGGGAAAAUCCCUCAAGCUACCAAAGUCGCGUUAUAGCAAACCCUAUGAGCAUGACAUUUCAGACAAGCUUUGGGGCCGUGAUGAGCGCCGGGCUCGCACCAUGAAGAUCCCCUUUUCCAACGAUCUCAUCGUCAACCUGCCCGUGGAGGAUUUCAACGAACUUCUGACCAAGCAUCAUCUCAGUGAGGCCCAGCUCAACCUGAUCCGUGACAUUCGCAGGCGGGGCAAAAACAAGAUGGCCGCUCAGAACUGCCGCCGACGCAAGCUCGAUGUCCUGUUUGGGCUCGAGGAGGGAGUAGAAGGAUUAUGCCGCCACAAGGCCCGCCUGUUGAAGGAAAAGGCAGAGAACCUUCGCUCCGUCCGGGAAAUGAAGCAGCGGCUCAGUAGUCUGUACCAGGAGGUUUUUUCCCGUCUGCGGGAUGAGCAAGGAAGACCCUUGCCUACCACUGACUACACCCUCCAAUUUGGCAAUGAUGGACAGGUCCUGCUUGCGACACGGAACGGUUCAGUCAGUGAGCAAAACCGCAAGCCCCACAAGAAACAGAAGGACAGAAAAAAGUGAAAAGAUUAGUUGGGUGUCUAGUUUGGUGUAGGACUCAAGGAGUCGAUUGACAAGGGGAUGGUUGUAGAGAUUCAAGAAUGUCUCACAAGAAGAGGGAACUGAAAAGGAAAGAUGCAAGAGGAUGCAAAUGGUCUUCCUAAAUCGGUUUAAUCUGCUCUGAUAGUUUAUUUGCUGGAAAGGACAUGUAGCACAAAUAUGAUCAUGCAAGAAUCUUGUGAGCAUCUUGGAAAAACAAAGGGAAAACCUGUCUCAGGAGCAAAAUAACUGUUGGGAGGACCGUGUCAGCCUUCCAAAGAAAUACAGUACAUAAAAACACUAAGGUGACAAGGAGGAAGGGCUAGCCUAAGGCCUUUAGCCAAAAGACAUUCCCCACACCAGUACACCACCUACACCAGCCUGUACCAGGCAGGAUGGGUCCAUGGACUCAUGUUGCUUACGCCAAGUCCUGACUCUGCCAUGAGCAUGACGCAACAGGAACCGGGAUUCAGCAGACCAGGCAAUGUUUUUCCAGUCCUCAAUUGUCCAUUGUUGGUGAUGACAUGCCCACUGGAGCCGCUUCUUGUAUUUAGCUAAUAGGAGUGGAACCCGGUGUGGUCGUCUGCUGCAAUAGCCCA